AUGGAGGAGUUGGACGUGAACAAGGACCGCACGUUGAGCUUCGAGGAGAUGAAAGACAUGCUGCGCUCAGUGAGCCCGAACCUUUCCGAGAUCCAGCUGCAGAAGCUCUUCUGUGCGGCUGAUGUCAACCAGAACGGUUCUGUGGAUUUGCGUGAAUUUCGCGAUUUCGUCCUGCACGGCAAGGAGGCGGCAGCGAAGGUUGUGCAGGAGCCCCCUCAGGGAACGCCCUCUACUGAUGGUAUCCGCUCGGACUGGAAGAAGGAUGUCUUGGAAGCUCACAAUGAGUUGCGUGCUGAGCACGGGGCUGGGAAGCUUGAAUGGAACGACGAGUGCUACCUCCAGGCCAAGAAACAGGCCAAUCUCUGCCAGCAGCGGGGGUGCAUGAUGCAUGGUAGCGUCGAGGGCCCUUCCGGGCGUCACGGUCAGAAUAUCUACUGGUGCAGUGCGCCGGGCUCGUCUGCAAAGGAGAUGGUCAAGUCUUGGUACGAAGAGCUUCUGAACCCGGGCUAUGACUUCGGCCAGGGAAACUACAGUCCAGGCGCCGGUCACUUCACCCAGGUGGUCUGGAAAGGAUCGACUGGAGUCGGCAUGGCCGUGUCUGAAGAUGGCCGCUUUUGUGUGGCGAACUACUUCCCUGCCGGAAACAUGAUGGGAGCCUUCAAGGAGAAUGUGCUCCCACGUGGCAGCCCCUACGUGCCCAAGAAGGAGGGGGAAGCUGGGAGGAAGGAAGUGGGCAUCGCUUCUUUGUUUCAUGGCAGUUUUGACCGUUUCGAAGCAAGCCAACAUGCUGGUUUCCGGUAG